UCUCAGCCAAACUCGUCCAUUAAAAGUAAAUCUCGCGAGAGCGGAACCCCCGAACGCUACCGAUGUUGGGGGGCUGUUGGGCUGUUGUGUCUGAGGAACGUGCUGCGUGUUGGUGGUCGGUGUCACUGGUUUUGAACCUUGUGGAGAGGAAGGUAGAAGAGACAGUGAAUCGGAGAGGACAACCAAAUACUACGAUACUUCAAGCGGAUUCACUCUAAAGAAUGACUGCAAAUAAUGUAACCGUUAACAUUGAAAUACAUAUCGAAUGCGUUUGACGCUUGUUAGCGUCCGCUCGAUUUGGAGAAGGGAUUCUUCCAGAUGCGAUUCCAGAGGAGAAAAAGGGGCAAAUAAGCAGAGGAGAGUGAACGGACGAGGAGGAUAUUUCCCCCCUUUCUUGAGGGACACAUUGAAAAAUAGGCCAGUGGUAGUUGUAGUGUGACAUUUAAUCGGUGUAUAUGCUCUUUCGUUAUUCAUUUUAUUUGAAAUGUAUAAGUGGACACUUGAUUUGGCUACCUAAUUUGUUCGUCACAUGCAUGGAUUUGUGGUGUUUAAUAGCGUUUAGAGGGCCGCUUUACGGCGCACAGAACUCGUAAGAAUUCCUAGGAUCUGCUGUAAAUGUGUCUGUUGAGCGGAGCUUUGCGAGAAUAUAUCUAAGCGUCAGGAGAUCGCUGUCUCUGGGCCAUAUCGAUUUCGAUAUAGCUAAGCUAGGUAGCUUGCUGCGAAGUUCAGCUACUGUGUUUUCCACCAGCGAGUGAAGCAACGGGACAGAUUUUUUCAGGAGGAAUCUUUUUUUGUUGUCGUUUGCUCCCCUCCAUUCCACGUUCUACGGCUAGAUACCGUGCUAGAUAACAGCCUAGAUGGAUGACAAGAUUCGGUUUCUUGCAGGCUAGCUUGCCAGGUAUUACUAUCAGCCAGUUAAAGCUAGCGUUGCUAGACGUAGCCGGACAAGCCGAUGAAAUAAUGGAAGGUUGAGUCUCUAUCCAGUCUCCUUCUUUUGGAGGGGGCGAGAUAGAGACGGAAAUAAACAAAAACUUCUUCAAACCAUUUUUUUCAUCAAAGAAACAGGGCACCUUUUCACCUGAUCACAUAUAACGUAUCGAUACUCGCCUAAAGUUAAAACACACUAAAGCUUUAUGAUAGCUAGCGCGCUAGCUAGCUAUAUGAGAUAUGGAUAAACUCACCAUUAUUUCAGGAUGUCUUUUUCUGGCAGCAGAUAUUUUUGCCAUCGCCAGCAUUGCGAAUCCAGAUUGGAUCAACACAGGAGAGUCGGCAGGUGCUCUGACGGUGGGGCUCGUGCGGCAGUGCCAGACCAUCCACGGUCGUGACAGGACCUGCAUCCCACCGCGGCUGCCCCCGGAAUGGGUCACCACGCUCUUCUUCAUCAUCAUGGGCAUCGUCUCGCUCACCGUCACCUGCGGCCUGCUCGUGGCUUCUCACUGGCGCCGCGAGGCUACCAAGUACGCCCGCUGGAUAGCCUUCACUGGGAUGAUCCUGUUCUGCAUGGCUGCCCUCAUUUUCCCAAUAGGAUUUUACAUCAAUGAAGUCGGAGGACAACCAUACAAGUUACCCAACAACACAGUAGUCGGGUCUUCAUACGUACUUUUUGUCCUGUCCAUCUUUUUCACCAUAGUGGGACUGCUGUUUGCUGGAAAGGUCUGUUUGCCUGGCUGACGGUGCUUUUCGCCUGCCUGUGUGGGCUUGGAAGAGAAAACGCCGUCCGUGCAAGAGGCAGGACGGGGGAUAGUCAGAACCUAGAAAACAACUAUAAAAACACAGACUGAAAUGAGAGGGUGUGGGGAGGAGCUCACCCCUGCGCUUAUUUAAACUUUCUCCUUGACCUGCACUUUGGAUGAUGGGCAGAGGAGCCUGGCUUGUGAAGGCGGGGGACUGAGAGGGAAAACAGGCCCCUCUAACCUGACUCACAUUUCAGAGGGACUGGACAUCCGGCCUCCACCUACCUUUCCCCCCAUGCCCUUUCUGUUCUCUUCAUUACUGACAUUGUGGAGCUUUUUUCUUUUCUUUCUCUUCACAUUAGUAUUUCCAGAUCAUCUGAACAGCAGUAGAGCUGAUCCACUGAAGGUAGAGUCUCAGUAGCCUGAAUGCUCCCCCAGUAGCCUUGGUGUUGUAUGUCCCCCCCCCCCCCAGCCUUAAAAGCCAGCUCUGAUAGGGAGCUCCAGGGGGUGAGGACAGUAGUGCACUAUGGGACAUUGGCCCCCUGAAAGAGAGAGAGAGCGGGGGCCUGAUGUGGGGUGUCUCUGCUUCCUUCCCUCUGGGUGAGGGAGGGACUGUCCAAAAAGGGCGGAGCACACCCAUGAGUUCAGCCCACUCUGCACUCCCUCCCACGCAGGUGUGGGGGUUGGUACGUGUGGCUGAACGCAUGAAGUUAUCCCAGUUCAGUGAUUCUGUGAAGGGAACAUGUUUGAUCGGAAGGUGGGUAAUGUAGGGAAUUUUAUAUGAACCACGAAAGCAGCAGGACUGCAGGGUAGGUGAGUGAGGCCGGCCUCACACUGCUAAUGUGAUGGCUGGGGAAUGUAUAGGAACACUGGUCAAACAGGCUUGAGCUUAUCAAACCAAAUGGAAUUUGUGUGUCCCUCUUAGGAGUGUGACUGGCUUAGUGGAUAAGUCUUAUACAAAUGCAUUUACUUUUGAGCUUAUUUAAUCUGUUUAUGUUAGUGCAUCAAUUUGUCAUCCAAAUCCCUCCCCCCCUAUUUUUUUUUCAUUUUAUUUUUGUAUUUGAUUCUGCAAUGUACAUAAACCCACAUGCCAGAACUCAUUUGAUUGUCUGAGCAAGCACUGUGAUACCAAUGAACUGUUCAUGCCAAUAGAAGCCAUCACAUAGAAUCUGUUAAAUACAUACAUACAUGUUCACCUCUUUGUUUGUAAAUAAAAAUAUUUUGGUUUUGUUUGAUUUUUAAUUAUAUUUACCUGGAAAAACACAUCCGUCCUUUCUGUGCUUUUGCUGUGAAAUAUUAAAGCAAAAGCUCUGAUACCAUUAAUAUGUUGUGUCUCUGGGGGGAAACAUGAUGUUACUACUGUCCAAGAAGAGAGCGGUUUAGUUGUUGUGCAGGCAUUCUCUCAGCCUGAUUCCACAGUGUGGAAAAUGUGGCAUUCUAGAAGGCAAAGGCACAUCCUAUGGCUCUCCUGUGACGCGUGUUCCAAAAUGGCAGGAUCUUUGUUGGGUGUAUGAAGGGUAGAGACGGUCAUUUUUGUAAUCAGAUUGUGAUAAGACUGCUCAUUUGUGAUAUUUUCUCCGUUCAUCCAGGGAAGCACUGCUGUCACCAUGGCCAUUCUUGUGAUGUCACCAUCCUGUGUAUGUGGUAGUACUUCACAAAUGCAAACUGACAGAGGGGGGUCGGGAAAUCAGAAGUGUGUUCAAAGAGAAGGGCUUUUUGUGUAUUGACAGCUGAAUGUGUACGUUUUGUGGGAUCUCACUAAUAAGCAGAAGGCACAUCUGACAUCAUCGAUCAUCCCAGUGCAGAAUCUGUGCCUCACUUCUGGCAAGUCCUAAGUCCUGUCACCGAGUAACUGAAAGUGUACUCAACGCCUCAGAUUUAGAUUUCUUUUGCGUUUGUAUUAACACAGAGGUUGUUUUGCGAUUGUUUAUUUGAAGCGUUUAUCGUGUUUUAUAAUGCAUGACACCGUUUCUGUGUGGUGCUAACAGGUUGGUUUAAUACUAUCUUGCAAAUGUGUAAUCACAGGGUUGGCUGUGCGCUCCUCAUUCCGCCCUUUAUCCAAUUAUAGUUUUUCCAUUUAUUAUUUUCUGGAGGUGUAGCACUGAAUGGAACUUUUGUUUAUCCCUGAGGGAUAUUUCUCUUUUUUAUAGUUAAUUUUUUAAGAACAGGGAAAUCGAGACACAACGCUGUCCUGUUUGCUAAAACAAUAUCCUCUAAGCAUUAGACAAACUGAUAGCAAUUUAAACUCUGUUUAUAAAACAUCUGCUUGAGCAGUUUUAAAAAGCACUACAGUAAAACCAAUAUGGCUUUAAAAAAAAUGGUACCGAAUGACAAUGUGAAUUUAGAGACCAAGAACAUGAAAUGCAUGAAGUCAAUUACUGUAAACCUCUGAAGAAGUUGUGUACAGUUUGUCAUUUUCAUUUAACACUUAUUCAUAGUUGUUCAUACGAAACACCGAAUAUGAGUCUGUUGGCAAGAUUUCUGUAUUUUCAGCAUUUAGUUUAUUUUUAAUACCUGUAUAUGACUGGAUAAAAUGGUAAUAUAUUCAAAUAAAACAUCAGCCUAAUUAAAGCACAGUAUCUUAUCUAGUUUACAGUUGCUCUUUGUCAGUGUGUAUAAUCUAGAACAUGUCCUCAGCUAUGCAAGCAAGAUUCCAAUGGAAAUAAUUAUUUCCACCUCACUUAAUAUUGCCUGGUAACUGUCCAAACAGUGGCAUAAUUAUAGAUGCCCUUAUCCAUUUGUGAAGCAGUAUAGUGAAGUAGCUCAGGUUAGCUUUUGACCCAUUGGCUCAACAACAACACCCUGCAAGUAUCAAACCUGCAAGACCGUGGUUUAUUUUCUUAAGAUAAUGUAUAUCACCUCUCACACGCUUUUCUUCCUCAUUAAUGAAUACUAUAAAAAUGAACUCGGCUUAACUUUUCUCUUGGGGAUCAUAAGAUAUUACUGUAGAUGCAGAUCAUCGUAAUAUCCUGAUAAUUGUCCUGAUCAAGCUGUCACGUUCAUUAGCAUGUCACAAGACCAAGUUAUAAACUCAUGAUUUUCCAUUUUCAUUCGGCAAAUAAUUAUUUUCAAUUCACCAAUUGUCUGGGUAAGUUGUAUGGUCUGGACAAAUCACAAUUCCCAGAUGUUUUCAAUACAGCUUUGUUAGUUUUUAAAAACAUUUUUAUUGCUCUCACCCCAAAAAAAGUUAUUUGCCUUCAUCACAUUUAUGACAGUAACAUAAAACUCAAAACAAUGCCAUUAAUAGAGGUCAUGUUUGUCUUAUUGAAACAUUUUUUAAACGAACCACCUGUUCAUUUACCAUUAUUUAUUAAACAUUAUUACACAUCACAACAAAAUUAUCCCUUAAAGAUAUGGAAUCUGAGACAAAUUGAGAAAUUCAAAGUUGUGUAUUUAAGCUUGUACAUUGCUAUUAUUUGGAUUAAUUUGAAUAACUGUUGCCUUGUAUCAUUUGAGUUUGCCACUGUACAAUUGCUUUUCACUGUGUCAUCACUUGGACACUGAUUAUGGAAAACUGGAGGUGUUUCUGCAUACAGUAUCUGUCCUUGUCCUAAUUAGCAUUUCUACUUAUGUUCUCCUGUUGCCUUGACCUGAUGGUGACUUAUAAGUAGCUUUAUACUUGAUAUUUGAACGGACACUGCUUGCCUCUUUUAUCGCUGUCCAGGUACCCUCGUUGCCCCACAUGUAACUGUGUUGCAUCUGUUUGGUUUCUUGAAGAUUUCACUGGAAAAUAGUACUUCUUUAAGGUCUAUCAGUGUAGCCUGUUAUUAGAUCAUGUUGUGGGAAAGUUAACAAUAACCAUAUUUAAAGAUCCUAAAUUGAACUCAUUGAGAAUUCUAACUUAAAUGCAGUCCACACAUUUUGUAAAUGUUUGGAGCAUUUUAUCUCAGUUCCACGUGCUGCAUAAGGGAUGGAUCGGUGGACAUACUGCAGAGCAAGCACCCCAGAUUAUUUUGUUAUUUCCUUCAUGCAGGGCAUUGUUUUUUUAAAGCACAAUAAAUACUGGUAUUGUGA